ACAAAUCUUAUUAAAAUGAGGCUACUUCAGCCAUUCAACCCUUUUUGGUCACAUUGAAAAUUUGUGAAAUGUAUAAGGAUUUCUGUUUUCUUUUGUCUCGUUAAUACUCCAGUAAGUUUAUUUCAGCAGUGUUGAGAAACGCGGCAAGGUAACAGGUGAUUUAAUUCCCAGAAGUAACAAUGCUCAUUGUGUCCUUUGCUAUGAUUAAUCGGGACGUUGCUAUUCUAUUUACGUUCCAGCGCGCUUUAAUAAUUGAUAUCUUAACUGUUUUGUGUCGGACUCUUUCAAGACUAGCCAAAAUGUUCCUUGUGCAAUUACACAAAUCUUAAGUGCAAUAUCAACACGAAAGGCGACAACUUUCAUUGCCAGUUGUCCUCCAAGAAACUCCGUCAAAACGCCAUGCGAAUUAACAGACUGCCAUAAGCGAUUAUCAUGUGGAGGACUUACGUAUUUUUAGUGCUGCUUACUUAUCGGAUAUCUGUGAUAGACGUAAACUCUCAAACUGAUCCGCCAACCGAUCCGCCAACUGAUCCGCCAACUGAUCUUCCAACCGAUCCGCCAACUCUCCUAGCAACGGAAGCUUUGGCAACCACGGAACAAAGUGCCCUAGCCACGGAAGCCAUCGCACCCACAAGUACCGCGGAACCCACAAGUACCGCGGAACCCACAAGUACCGUGGAACCCACAAGUACCGUGGUACCCACAAGUACCGUGGAACCCACAAGUACCGUGGUACCCACAAGUACCGUGAAACCCACAAGUACCGUGGAACCCACAAGUACCGUGAAACCCACAAGUAUCGUGGAACCCACAAGUAUCGUGGAACCCACAAGUACCGUGGUACCCACAAGUACCGUGGAACCCACAAGUACCGUGAAACCUACAAGUACCGUGGAACCCACAAGUACCGUGGAACUAACAACUACCGUGGUACCCACAAGUACCGUGGAACCCACAAGUACCUUGGAAGCUACUACCAUGAUGGCCCCAACGACCGAGUCUCCUACGAGCUCUCGGUCAACAUCCGAGGUCGUCAUCAAAUUCAGGGUAACAAGCAAGUCGUUCAGUAUAGGUCUGGUAGACGAAGACUCAUCUGACUUCAAAGAGCUAAAAAAUGACAUCACCUCAGAGCUCAGGAAAACUUUGUCGCCUUUUCUUCUCCAUAGCGUCAAUGUGAAACAAUUCAGCGUCCACUCGACGCUACACAUCGAUACUACAUUACGCAUUGAAGUGUACUCCGGCGACGAGGAGAGUGUGAAGAACAAACAAAAGACGGCGGUUGAGUCGGGUAGCAUCGGCACGUUCUCUGUCGACAAAAGCUUUUUUGUGUGGAUUCAGCACGACACCAAAUGCAAUUUUCCGACUGUAAAGAUCCAAAAUCUAGGGCAGACCAUUCCUACAGCUAAAAUCAUCACCUUGUCCGAGUCCUAUAUUGUGCAGUCCUCUAUCUCGCUUAACUGCUCCUUGCCCGAUACGGCAUUCGCGUGGUGGGUACGACCUGUCACCGGAGUUGCGCCAUCCUUAGCCGUGUCUCCUUCAUAUGAGAAGAAGGCCACAUCGGCUGAAUGGACCAUAAACAGGGGCGACCUCCAAUACGGUACAUACUUGGUGGAGCUACGAGUGACCAUGAGCAAGUCGCCGACUGUGUAUUCCUCCGACCUGAAGUUCCUCACGAUCAAGGCUUCACCUCUAAAUGUGCAGAUCGCUGGAGGGUCUCUAGUCAAACGCGGGCUCACCAAACCGAUAACCAUCGACGCCUCGCCUUCUACUGACCCUGACAUUGGGCCUGGGGAUUACUCAGGGAUGACCUUUUAUUGGAUUUGCAAAAAAAGCACCGAAACUUUCCCUUCGUUAGAUGUAUCGAAGAUAGGUGUAAUUCCUAUUUCCGGUGGCUCAGGUGGUUGCUACGACACCGGCAUUGGUCGGUUACCUAAAAACGACCGAACUAUCACCAUGAGUGUCAGCGGGCUUAAUGUCAACCUUAAGUAUGAUGUGAAGCUUGUGGUAACCAAAGGAACACGUACAGGGGAGUUUGUACAAACGGUGGAAACUGUGCUUGGAGAUCCGCCUCAGAUUGCCAUAAGCUGUAUUACGAACUGUGGUUUAAAGGUGCGGCCCUCUUCGCGCCUUAAGCUCAGUACCAGCUGCACGGCAUCAAGCGACGUCUGUAACAAACUUGUCUAUCAGUGGGUCGUGGAGGAGGAAGAUGGCGCCUCUUUGACCAAGACGGGAAUCAACUCUCCAGAUUUAGUCAUCGCGAAGGACAAAUUGAGCGGGGAUGCCAAGUACAGAGUAAAGGUUAGUGUGAAGGCGCCGAAUGUGGCGGAAGGAAUAGCGAACUACGAGUUCCAGACGAACAAACCACCAUCUGGUGGGUCAUGCGCAGUAACACCUGAGACUGGAGAAAUGCUCAACACAAAGUUCACGUUAUCUUGUCAGGGAUGGAAUGAUAAUGACAAACCUUUAAAGUAUCAGUUCACGUACCAAUGGAAAGGGCUGACCAGCGUACUAUCCCACGGAGCAAGCGCACAGGUGUCAUGUCAGCUACCAAAUGGCCCGCCCCCUACAUAUCAAGUGACUCUUACAUUCAUUAUCAUGGAUAGUCUGGGGGCGUCUGCCCAAAUAGAGAAACAAGUAAAGGUGAAGCCAGUGCAAGCUGACAAAAAGGCUACCCAAGAACUCGUAGACAAGGCGUCCAGGGACGUGAAUAGCAUGUUGAAUACGGGGGAUGUUAGGAAAGCCGCGGAGAUCGCCAACGCUGCACUCGAGACGAUUUCUAGCUCUGGUAACAUGGAGGCGCAGGAGAAAAACAAGAAGAUUAACAGUAUCACCCAAGAUAUGCUCAAAGUCAAAGUGUCGAACAUGAAAACUCUGAUCCAGAUCUCCUCGGUCAUCGGUAGCGCUAGCACCGAACCGGAAAACCUCUCAGGCGAUACGCAGACAAAAAGCGUGAAGGCACUUCAAGACAUGACGCAACUGUUCGCGGAGCAGUCUAAAUCUGGGAAUGUUCUGGACGAAGAAGUUGCAGCGGGAAGUGAGAACAUGAUUCUUAGCCUGGGAAACCUGAUGAACUCUGCCUCACAAAAGGCCAAGACGCCUACCGAUAAUAAGAUAGGGGGGCAACGCGAGAGCAAAGCCGCUGCUCAGGAGACCCAAGUCCUCGUGGACAGGGUGGGGAGUGCGCUAUUGUCUCGGGUCGGGAUCGGCGAGGAGUCCAAGGUCAUUAAGACCGCUCGACUGUCCAUGCUACUUGAGAGACAGAGGCCGGGGAAGGUGGCAAACAGAAAGCUAUCUGAACGAGAUGCAGAAUUCAAGCUACCUGAGAUGGACUUGAAGGAUUCCUCCACGAACUUCGUGGAUUUUCAGAUGACGACGACAUCGUUUACUCCCUUCACGUGGGACCAAUCAGCCACCAGCGUCAGCAACUCUGACGUCAUUAGCCUCGACUUGAAGAAUGAUAAAGGAGCUGUUAUCCCCAUUAAAGACUUGGACCGAGACAUUGUUAUCAAAAUUCCACAGAAGAAAAGCGACAAACCCACUGUGGUCUCAGAUUCUGGACAUCUGUUCCUAAAGCCCGGGGAGAUCCGAUCACACAAAGUGUUGAUUCAUACCGUGGGGACUGCAUUUCAGUUAAAGGUUUUUACUCUUCCUAAGAAAGAAAUAGCAUUUUACAUCAGAUGGAAACAGAAACCAUCAUUAAGUGACUACGACUUUAAAUCACCCAGCCCAGUCCCUCCAUGUUCAGAAGGCACGCUGCCCGAAAUCUGCAAAAAGACUUCAGAUUCUUACUUCGUGUCCUCCAAAGUGCUGAAAGAAAAAGGAGUCUUCUACAUCGGGAUUGUCACUGUGAGUGAAUCUCAGAUCAGAAAGCGGCGGUCGUGCUCAACUCAUGGCCGUCAAAAGCGAUCUUGCGUUGAGCCAAAAGACCCUCCCAAGCCGGAGAAUCGGACCAUUAUUCCUGUGUAUGACGCCGCCACAGACGUGAACUACAGCAUCAGCACACAGAGGUUCGGCUGCCGCUUUUGGGACGGGGCUCAGUGGAUCGGCCCGGGCUGCAAGGCAGGGCCCAAUUCAGCGUCACUAUCUGUCGAAUGUCUGUGUAACCACCUCACGUCUUUCGGGGGGAGUGUGUUUGUCGCUCCAAACCCGAUAGACUUCGACAUCGUACUGUUGGAGUUGGGUCGGCUUGACAAGACAGGAAAUGUCGCCGUACUGAGCACGAUCCUCGUGUUCUUACUACUAUAUGCCGUCAUUGCUGUGAUUGCAUGGAGGGCUGACAGACGGGACAAGAGAAAGGCCGGUGACCCGAUUGCUUUGAGUUCUAAUGAGGGGAGCACCGUCCAAUAUGAGAUGACAGUAUUCACAGGGGUCUGGCGGAACUCCGGCACGACUGCCAACGUUGCCAUAGUGAUACACGGAAGCGAGGCUACGAGUGAGCCCGUGGUCCUCUCGCCCAAUAUGAGUCCCUCUAGAAUAGCCUUGGCCAGCGGUAACGCGGAUCAGUUUGUGAUAUCCAUGGCUUCGCCUCUUGGGUCGAUAGAAUACUUGAAUGUUUUACAUGACAACACAGGGCCGAGUCCGGCCUGGUUCCUCAACAAGAUUAUUAUCAAGGACACUCAAAAUGAUCAACAAUGGAUUUUCAUGUGCAACGACUGGAUUGCCAUCGAUAAAGGCAGUGGGAGAAUAAACAGAAUCAUACUACCGACGUCGCCAGAAGAAAUGAAAACAUUCAGGUUUGCGUUUAAUUCAAGGACCUCAAAGAAGUUCACGGAAGACCAUCUAUGGCUGUCCAUAUUAACCAAACCGACAUACAGCAAUUUUACUCGUCUGCAACGUACCACGUGCUGCUUAUCUGUGCUUUUCUCUGCAAUGCUCUCCAACGCCAUGUUUUACAAUAUUAACAACACCCCUGACACGGCAGUUCAAAUAGGACCGUUCCAGUUCAGUUGGAGGCAGAUAAUGAUAGGAGUUCAGAGCAGCCUUAUAACUCUACCUGUUGGUUUGAUAUGCGUUGCUUUAUUCCAGUACAGUAGGCCUCCCCCCAAACAGAAAGAUGAUGCCAGUGAAGAAGGCGAGAAACUGCCCGAGGAAACAAAGUUUUUUGAUCGCUUAAAUCCGAGAAAUGGAAGUACAACGGCUGUUUCUAACAAGAAAUCACCUCAAGCCUUGCUUUCAACUCCAAGUAGAGGAACAUACAAAUUAUUAAAGGAAGACUCUGUUGAUGAGGUCAUUGUGAACCAAUCCAAAGUUAGAUUAAGAAGUCGACUGAGCCUAGCGGAGAAUUGUUUGGUUGAUGUGAAUGAUACAGCCGUGCCGACAAGAGACUGGGAUGUGAGUGAGAGUCUUGAGUUAGACGCCUUUGCUAAUCACGGAAGUAGUGUCGUAAACAUAGGUUACGAGGUUAACCCCGAAGGCAAUGAUGCAGUAAACGAGAUCAUGGGCUUAUCUCAGGAUUCGAAGGAAGUUCAGAUGAAGCCUGAAUUUAAAACUGGUGGGGACGGAUCGGCUGAUAUUGUAUAUCCCGAGCUCAGAGAGGUAGACAAUCUUCAGAGUACUACUACUUCUUUGCCACAACCUGGACAUGGAAUACCCAAUCACGAGCCUCAAACUAAUGAUAUGAAUAAAGCACAAACAAAUUUCAAAGAACGUCUUCUAAAGGCAUUCUUCUCAUACGACGACGAAGAAGAGAGAAGCUUUUCCUUUCCCCAUUUCUGUGUGUACAUAGCAUGGUUCCUGUGCAUUAGUAUGGUUCUCAUAUCAGCAUCAUUCACGUUUUUCUACAGCCUCGUUUGGGGGAAGGCUGUAGCCAAUCAGUGGCUGACCUCUAUGUUGGUGUCUUUCACGGAAGACUUGUUCGUUGUUCAGCCCGUGAAAAUUUGCGUGGUUGCAAUAGUGAUGGCAUUUUUCUUCCGUAACAACGGAUCAAAUGGCACUACCACUGAUACAAAGGAAAAGAAGAAAAGAAAAAAUCGCAAAAAGGCUGGCAAACGGAAAAAGAAAGCAAAGUAUUAUAAGUGCGAGAAUAAAAUAAAUGUCCAACUACCGGACAAGGACGAGUUAUUGAAAGCCAAGGAAUACAAAGUCAAGGAAAAUCAAAUGUAUGCGUUUGGGAAGGAGCUAGUAAUCUACAUGUGCUUUCUAGUGUUGUUGUGUAUUAUUUGCUAUGGUAACCGUAGUUACCACGGUUACCUGAUGACGAAAGACAUCAUGGAUACAUUAAGUAAUUAUUCAACAUCAAAGAUCGGCACAUCAUCCAAGUACUGGGGUUGGCUUGAUGGCCAGUUUAGCGCUGGUAUUUACGCUGGUAGCUGGUAUAACGGCGCGAAGGAGUCAAAUGAAGCAUACGUUGGCAACAAAAGAUCCCUUUUGGUAGGAAUGCCGAGGCUAAGACAGCUACGGAUAAGAACAGAUUCCUGUGAAGUACCAAAGGAUAUGCGAGCCCUAAUCUCAACAUGUCAUGACGAGUUUUCAUCCAAGGAGCAGGACAAAACACCACUUAGUCUACCCCGGUGGAAACCAGUCCCUCCAAAUACGGCUUAUCACAACCUUUCCCGGCUCUGUCCACGCCCCUGGCGGUACAACACGGCCGAGCAGCUAGGAUUCCACGAUUCCUGGGGAUUCUUCCAUAUGUAUGAUGGUGGUGGAUAUGUUGCUGAUCUGGGUUACAACAACGAGACAAAGUCAUCUGUUGUGUUUCCAUUGCGUCUGAAUCACUGGAUGGACCGUAGGACGAGAGUGGUUCUCCUGGAGUUUGCUAUGUUUAAUCCCGCCACUAACUAUCUCAGUGUGGUGACAUAUUAUUACGAAGUUCUUCCAUUUAUGUUUGGACGCGCAUAUCGAAGGAUCGACACUUUGCCACUUUAUGGGAGUGAUCAAAGCUCUUAUGAUUUUUAUUUGAUUUGCAAGUUUCUGUUUAUUUUAAUGGUAUUAUUCUACUGUGUUCGGAUCACACGUGCGGCUUACAAGCAGAAGGCGCUGUUCUUUAAGGAUAUUUGGAACUGGAUCGAGAUCCUCCAAGUAAUUUCCGCCUCAGUUAUUGUCAUCUGCUAUAUCGUAAAGCAAAAUAUGAUUCUCCAAUCAAUUCUACACAUAAAGAAGAAUCCAUACGGCGUCGUGAACUUCCAAAAAGUUAUUGUUUGGAGAAAUGCAGAGGAUGUCGCCACAUGCGUCGCUGUGUUUCUUGUAUCUUUGAAAUUCCUAAACAUGCUACGCUUUAAUCCGCAUAUCAUAAUAUUCAUGACGUCACUGAAGACAGCUAGAAAUACCAUUAUUCCAUAUUCCAUCAUCAUCUUUAUUCUAAUGCUUGCUUACGCUAUUCUCGGGACCAUGGUAUUUGGAAAUACAAUGUAUGAGUUCUCUGGCAUGAAAGAAUCUAUCUUUACCGUCCUAUUGAUGUCACUUGGAGCUCAAAUGAAAUUCCCAAAUCUUAUAGAAGACUUCAAGGUUGAAGGCCCUAUUUACGGCUUUUCUUACAAACUGCUGAUGUCUUUUAUUUUCGUGAACUUUUUUGUUGCAAUUUUGAAUGACUCGUACGAAGACGUAAAAGCGAGUACCGAUAAGAACUCCAAGGAAUUCGAAAUGGCAGAGUUUAUUCUUGAUCGACUGAAACAAUUACUUUCUAUAAGGAAAAAAGAAGAAGAUGAUAGCGAAAGUGAACGAUUGAGGAAGUUACAAAAAGAAGCGGAAAAAGAGACACGUGAUAUAUUCAAAAAUAAAGCUGAGGAUUCAGGUGGUAUAGGCGAGAGCAUUAACAAGGAUGUAUCAGUAGAUAUUGAUGGAAAAGACGAAAAUAAUGAACACGACGACGACCAUGAUUUUGAUGAUGAAAAUGAUGAUGAUGAUGAUGACAAUGAUGAUGAUGAUGGUGAUAGCGAUGAUGCUGAUAGUAAUAAAACAUCGAGUCAAAAAGAUUCUGCUACCUCAAGCUUCAUAUCGAUACGUAAUGCAACCCGUGCUCUUGAUGCCAGUAACACCGCAAAUCAAUUUCUACUCUCAAAGAAGGAGGCUGAACUUUCCAAAAGAACAGAGAUUUUGGCCGAUGUAUUUGAGGAAGACGUUGAAAUAAUGCGACUGAUUUCGUUAUUAAGGCUGCGUUACGCUCCUCGUGGAGGGGAGGAGGAGGAGGAGAAAGACUCUUCUUCAUUAGAAAGCGAGAAUCAUGGCGGUGAUGUGUUAGGUGAUGCUAUUGAUGGCAUUGAAGUGAUUGAUUUAUCAGGUAUAAGGGAAGCCACGAGGUUAGAGAUCGUGCCCCGGCAUCUCAGGAUCAAUAACUACAUGGCCCACAUCCGGAAGGCAUUAACCACUAAGAGUAAAUUUCUCAAGGGUAGGGCGCGAAAAAGAAAACGUUGAUGUUAUUUUACAAAUGUAGGCAUUAAUAGGUUAAAAAACAUUUCUCAAGGGUAGGGCAAAAUGUUGAUGCUAUUAAAAAAUGUAGGCAUUCACAAGUAGGAAUAAAUUUCUCAAAUAUUCCCCGAUAAUUUAAGUUAGAUGUGAUAACAGCACUUUCACUUUGUAUUGAUUGUAUAGAUAACUAUCAGUGUCCCUAAAUUUACACGUUUAAAACGUGUUUGGUAUGUAUCUCUUUUCGUGAAUAAUGUUGAUUGAUUCGCUCUCAUUGUUACCUGAGCAGCUUCCCGGGCGGGGUGGGGGUAAUCAGCCUGUGUUUGGGUAUAGGGGUGCCGCUGGGGGUUUUGAAACCUGAACCUGUUUAGAACAACAAUUCUGAAAAACCAUACCCUGUUUAGGACAACACCCUCAAUUUGUAGGACCCUGUUUCAAGAGCUAUAUCCGGCACAAUUAUAUUUGACUUUGACCUCCCAGCUUGCGUUUUUGUCAAGGUAACUUAUCCCUGCAGAACUAACAAUAUUUUUUCGCGGCAGUCUUUUAUCGCAAAAUCGAUCGCAGAACCAAGCACCCUGUUAGCACGUGAGAGCAAGCAAGGCAAUCAGAUCGGUACCCUGUUUAGGACAGCCUUGCUUAAAAUUAUGUACGCUGUUAAGGACAGAGGCCUGAAAUAUAUACCCUGUUCAGGACAGAGAGGCCUGAAAUGUAUACCCUGUUCAAGACAGAGAGGUAAAAAACCAUACCCUGUCCAGCGGCACGUCUCCGUAUAGCCCAUAUAAGGGAGUGCCCUCCCCCCCCCCCCCUCCGGGAGCAACUUAUACAUAUGAUAUUUUAUCUCGGCUAAUUUCCGAUAGCAGCUCUAAUCGCGAGAGAGGCUGUCCUCCGUAAUACAUGUGUGAGUUUUCUUAGUGCGGUAAUGAGCGAUUUUAAUCUAUUUAAAAAAAAGACAUUGCACAAUGGUCUGUUUUCCAGAUAAGGGAGUCCUGUAGAAUGUUCAUUCAAAUGCAUGAAGCGAGACGUAGCCAAGUCGAAGUUUAUAUACAGCCGUUCUGUGAUGUUUUGUUUUACGAAUUCACCUUUUGACUGUAAUGUUUUGUUUUACGAAUUCACCUUUCGACUAAAAUAUUCAGCUUCAGACUUUGCCGUAAGACGGUGCAAAAAGUUCAAACUUUGCAAAGGACGACUGCAAACAAACUCCGAAAUGCCUAUUCCUCGCUUCCACGCUCAAAUCCCACCUCUGGGAAUAGCGAAUUAUGCACGCGCACGCGGUGCUUCCUGAAAAAGGCGAAUAAUGCGCGCGCACGGCGAAUAAUGCGCGCGCACGGCGAAUCCGAAUGGGCGCGGAUUUAUGAGCGCGUGUGAUCUGUAAUGUGCCAACAGCAACAAUAAUAAAGUGUACGCUUCAUCUGCA